UUGAUUGUAUACACCUGUGUCCAUAGAGGGGAUUGGAGCACCUGAAUCACAUGAUAUGGAGGGGAUUGGAAAACCUGAAUCACAUGAUAUGGAGGGGAUUGGAACACCUGAAUCACAUGAUAUGGAGGGGAUUGGAACACCUGAAUCACAUGAUAUGGAGGGGAUUGGAACACCUGAAUCACAUGAUUGGGAGGGGAUUGGGACACCUGAAUCACAUGAUAUGGAGGGGAUUGGAACACCUGAAUCACAUGAUAUGGAGGGGAUUGGAACACCUGAAUCACAUGAUAUGGAGGGGAUUGGGACACCUGAAUCACAUGAUAUGGAGGGGAUUGGAGCACCUGAAUCACAUGAUUUGGAGGGCUGGCCCAAUACAUUUGGCAAUAUAGUGUAUAUUGUA